UUCAAUCCUCACGUCGACAAUCAACCAUUCGACAAGAUACCGCCCACCAUGUCUUCCAAGGUCAAGGCUGGUCAACUCUGGGGAAAGAGCAAGGAUGAGCUCACAAAGCAGCUGGAUGAGCUGAAGACCGAGCUGGCUCAGCUCCGUGUCCAGAAGAUCACUGGCGGUGCUUCGUCGAAGAGCCUGCGGAUUCACGACGUCCGCAAGUCGAUCGCCCGUGUCUUGACCGUCAUCAACGCCAACCAGCGAUCCCAGCUCCGCCUCUUCUACAAGAACAAGAAGUACCUCCCUCUUGACCUCCGCCCCCGCCUCACUCGCGCUCUUCGACGCCGCCUCACCAAGCACGAGGCUACCCUCAAGACUGAGCGCCAGCGCAAGAAGGAGAUCCACUUCCCUCAGCGGAAGUACGCCAUCAAGGCGUAAAUCCAAAAAGGAAAAGAAUGGAUCGAGUCUGGAUCUUGAUGAUGGAGUUCUGGGACGUCGUUUUGACCUGGCCCACCUGUUGUAGAACAGGAGGUCUUGAAUAAAAGACAUGGAUAAUGUAUCUUAGAAGAUAAGAUGCAGGUCGAUCUUGAAU